UAAUUUUGGUCACAAUGCAAUAAGCUUGCCAAGGUUCACCUUGUCCUUAACAAAAAUGUCUAAGAUAUUAACAUAUUUCAUUUUACUCUUGCUUUUGCCUUCUCUUAACGAUGCCCUAUACAAUCAAAAAACUAAUUAUAACCAACUCCCACAAAAAAUUUUGGAAAAUAUGAUAUCUCAAGCAUGUGCCAACAUUGAAGAUGAAAUGUCAUGUUUUUCUGAUGUUGAAUCUAGGCUUCCAAACGGCCCUAGGAAUGUUACUACUAUUCUGAGGGCUGCCUUGGAAGCCUCUGUUGAUCAAGUUCAACAAGCUAUAAAAAAGAUUUUUGAUUUUAGUUCUCUUUCUUCCUCCACUAUACGUGAACAGAUAGCAGUGGAGGAUUGUAAAGAGCUCCUUGACUUCUCUGUCACGGAACUUACUUGGUCUCUUUCUGAAAUGAGAGUGCUUCGAGGUCAUGGAUCUAUUCAUGAUUCUCGAGGAGACCUUCAAGCAUGGUUAAGUGCCGCUAUUAGUAACCAAGAUACAUGCUUAGAAGGGUUUGAGGGUACAAACCAACAUGUUAAGAACUACAUCAAGGGUAGUUUAACACAAGUCACACAACUUAUAAGUAAUGUUUUAACUUUGUAUACACAAUUACAUGCCUUGCCAUUUACACCUCCUAGACAUAAUUACUUUAACAACAACAAUAAUAAUAAUAAUAAUAAUAAUAGGAAAAAAAUAAUUGAUCAAGAUUAUUUUCCAAAGUGGAUGAGUGAGGGUGAUAGAGAACAUGUGGUUUCUUCAAGUACAAGUAAGGGAAUACAAGUAGAUGCUAUUGUUGCAUUAGAUGGAAGUGGGAAAUAUAGAACAAUUAAUGAAGCAAUUGAUGAUGCUCCAAAUCAUAGCAAUAAAAGGUAUAUUAUUUAUGUAAAGAAGGGAAUUUAUAAUGAAAAUGUUGAUAUGAAGAAAAAGAAGACUAAUAUUAUGCUCAUUGGUGAUGGAAUUGGAGCUACUAUCAUUUCUAGUAAUAGAAAUUUUAUGCAAGGAUGGACAACCUUCAGAAGUGCUACUUUUGCUGUCUCAGGAAAAGGGUUCAUAGCAAAAGACAUAACAUUUAGAAACACAGCAGGCCCAAAAAACCACCAAGCAGUAGCCCUUCGAGUCGAUUCCGACCAAUCAGCAUUUUACAGGUGUAGUAUGGAAGGAUACCAAGACACACUAUACGCUCACUCCUUACGUCAGUUCUAUAGAGAUUGCAACAUAUAUGGCACCAUCGAUUUCAUAUUUGGUAAUGGAGCUGCCGUGCUACAAAAUUGUAAUAUCUAUUCUCGGACCCCACUUCCACUCCAAAAAGUAACCAUCACAGCCCAAGGUCGAAAAAGCCCACAUCAAAGUACGGGCUUUUCAAUCCAAAGCAGUAAUAUUUAUGCAAAUGAGCCCGCUUAUUUGGGCCGGCCUUGGAAGCCCUUUUCUAGAGUGGUGUAUAUGAAUUGUUUUAUGAGUGCUACAAUUCAACCUAGGGGUUGGUUGGAGUGGUCUGGAAACUAUGGACUGAAUACUUUGUAUUAUGGAGAGUAUAGGAAUUAUGGGCCUGGGGCAUCUUUAGUGACCCGGGUUAAGUGGCCCGGGUUUCAUAUCUUAAAAGAUGUAAAUGAGGCUGUUUUCUUUACUGUUGGACAAUUUAUUGAUGGCAUGUCAUGGUUGCCAGCAACUGGUGUUAAAUUCUCAGCAGGUUUGACUAAUUAGAAUAUAGAUGAUUAUAUGUAAUGGGAUGGAUCUUUUAUUGUCAUGUAAAGAUUUGUUAUUGUUUCAUGAUUUGAAAAUAGUUUAGCACUUUCUCAA